GGAUUCGAUUAGGGGUGGCAGUAAGGUUAUUUCGGGUAUAACCGAUAAUCGAUCGGUCGGUUAUCGGUUAACCGAAAUAAUCACUCCCUCUACCGAAAACCGCUCGAAAUAGGUUUCGGUUUCUCGGUUAUCGAUUAACCGAACCACUUUUAAGACAAAAAAUCAUUGUGUCCAAUCUCCGAUAACCGACCGAAAUUCGAUUACUUUGGUUACAGGUUAGUGGAUAACCGGCCGGUUAACAGAUACCCAGUAACCGAACUGCCACCCCUAGAUACAAUCACUUCAUUGGGUGAAUAUAGCAAGAACUUUGCAUGAUUAAACCUUUAUCUUAAGGGAUUAGAUAAGAUAGACCUUUACAUUUCAUAAAAAGGUCGACAAUUUGGGGGAUAAAUUUGUAUUAUCGAAAUGACCAUAAUAGUUACAGGUUUAAAUUGUUAAAACGAUUAGUUUGCUUCAGCAGCCGCCGAGCUUCCUGGCGAGCUGCACGGAAGACGCUUGUAACCUUCAUAGCAAGGGAAAGAGGUAUGACCUGAUUGGUGGUAGUAGGCACACCAUGUCGUCAGCAUCAUUGAAUUAGAGAUUCUAAUUCGCGAAUCAAUUCGAAUAGUCAAAUAGAACCCACUCGCGCUCAUGUUGCAUGUACCAUAACGUUAAAUGUACAAUUUCAAAUUGUACCCAUAAAGACAAAAAUCUAUAGCACCAAUACUCUAUAUAGCAUUGUAAAAUUCCUCUAGCGCGCAAGGAUGCAUGCAAUCAUAAUCAAUAAUUAAGUUCACGGGGCCCCUAAAUCCUCCAAUGUUUGUCUUUCCUUAACAACCUUAUCUUUAUAUUCUCCUUUGGGAUUACUUGGGCAAAACAAGAACCUUUAUUCAAUAAUUAAGGUGGCCGCCAAUCCGCUGAUGUAAGCUGAGAAGUGAGAAUCAGUCUGAUUAAUUAAAGGAUAAUUGUAAUAAGACAAAUUAAAAGCAGAACUGAAGGACGUAUGAAAAGGAAUAAUACCACACACUUCAAAGCAAUUUUGGGUUCUUAUCUUAACCCUCUCGUCAGCCGUCACCAUUUAUGUACAAAACGAGUACAAACAAGCAGCUUUUAUAAAUAAUAAUCAUUUGGAUUUUGUACCCUUCACGUAAAUUCAUAAUUUUUGAUAGGUGAAAGGAACGAGAAUUUGUUCUACCGUUAUUAUUAUUAUUAGCUUUCAAUUUGAAGGUCAUAGGAUACUGAAAUCUAUAAUGCACACCCUCUUUCUUCGCAAACAUCGUCCAAUAACAUGUCAAAUAUUUCUUAAUAACGAUUAUUUAUGUUCUAACCAUGGUUGACUAUAGUACAAUAAGAUCGUAAUAAUAUCAACUUCAUGUCCAACCAUUACAAACACACGAGCAACAUGUAUCGCUCAUCUUAAUUUUGCUAACACGCUAACCAAUAAAUAAGAACUGGCGCGUUGACGAUUAUCGACACCGUUAGAUUGGGGAACUUGUGAUCACUUGUUAGAUGUGCAUGUUAACGCAUGACAACAACUUGUGUUGUAGGGCUGAAAAAAACAAACAAAUGGGUCUCUGCAGCUCUGCUCUGCAUCGGCACGUUCUCCAAUUGGUUCUCUUUUGCAAGCAUCAGCAUUUUUUCAGGCCGUUUCUCUUUUGGCGCCGCAACUGUUUUGCAACUGAAUAUAAGAGCGUGCCCUUUCUGUAAGUUGGUUGGUUGUUCGUUAUGCACCUUUUUUUCUAGCUUCGUGGAUUCCCUUUGCCGCAGUUGCAAGAAAGAUAUCAAGUUGAUUGAGGGGGCUGUGGAUAUGGAUUACGUAACAGACAGCACUAACUGCUUUUCACACAUUCUGCAGUACGAUGGUUGUGCUUAAUUGUGCUAGCUUCUUCCUUUUGGAAGGUGUCGAAUAUUGGUUUAGCGAUGAAGCCAAUUUGGGUUAAAAAGCAAAGACAAGCUAAGUACAGCAAACAAGUUAACACAAACACCUUUUGCUUCCUUUGAUGUUGCUUCCUUCUCGAAUAUGAGCGUUUGGGAUGAGUUGUUGUUGAUGAUAGAUAAGUUCAUUUCGAAUUAAGUUUCGAGUCGUUGAUGAUGAUGAUAAGAGUUUGUCGAAUUUGAAACUAUUUGCACCAUUUCUUGUCAUUUGCUAAAAAUGGGCCCUUUUUUUUCGUUCUUUUAAUUAAUUUUUUUGAUUUAUUAUUUUUAUUAAUCGAAAGAAAACAAAAUUCAGAAAUAAAAAACAUAAUUUUUUAUGUCCUCAAAGCUGACGUGGCAGGUGAGGUGGACAUUGACUAACGGUCAACAGGUUUGACCGUCUAAUUUGACGGUCAAACCCGCCUCCAGGCCAAAUGAGGAAGUUUGCUACAUAGUUCAGGUCAGAAUAGCAAUUUUCAAUAUCACGGGCCAAAGUAGAAAGUAUGUGUAUAGUUCAGCUCAAACUAAGGUAUUAACCCUAAAAGUAUACUAAAGAGUUCAUAUUUGAUCACAUGAUUUAUGGUCCAAUUGGAUGUUUAUUUAUGAUCUAAAAGUGAAGCGAGACUAACUUCGUGUGUAUUUCAUUUGUAGAAAACAUAUCAAUUCCUAUUUUCAUCGACAUCAACUAGAUACGAAUAUUUAUGUGCUGUAUGUAGAGGUGGCAAAUGGUUUGGAUUGGUGGAUUGGAUUGGUGGAUCCAUGGAUCAAAUAGAUUGGAUCUAAUGGAUUGGUGGAUUCAUGGAUUGGAUCAAGUGGAUUGGUGGAUUAUCCAUGAAUCCAAAUGACAUCCUCAACCAAGGACCAAUAUGUAAAAUGUAAAAAGUUUAGGUACUAAAAUGUCACAAUGAAAAAUUUUAGGUACCAAAACGUAAUUUUCCAAUGAUAUUUUUAGUAUAAAAAUUAAAUUUUAAGUACCAAAAUGUAAAAAAUAAAAAUUAUAGGUACUAAACCGUAAUUUGCCAAUGAUCCAUGGAUCCAAUCCAUGAAUCCACCAAUCCAAUUGGAUUUGGAUAAAAUGGAUUGGAUUUAAAUGGAUUGGAUUAGGUGGAUAUUUUUAAUGGAUUGACGGAUUGGAUUGAAAUUGCCAACUUUAGCUAUAUGCAUGUCAAGUUACAUAGAGUGGGAGUUAUGGAAAGAACGUUACAGCGGCAAGGGAGCCAUUGGAUGUAACGACGCCGUUUGGGAAAAUUUAAUUUCUUACACGAAAAUAGAAAAUUAAAAUCUAGUGGUUGUCGACUUGCUGAGUGAAAAGAAGUGGCACAUUGCAGCUUGGGGAAAACCUCGGCUUCUAGGUUUGAGUUCGUUCAGCUCCGUUCCUGUUUCCUUGCCCGCCGGCUCUUUUGCCAUUGCUUCGCCGGAGGACCAUUGCCGCUCAGGCUGUAUAUCUCAGGUCAGUUGCUUAACUGAUUUGGAAGCUGCUUCGAUCUGCGGGGUAAAUGCAUUUUUCCGUGUCUGCUAGUCCAGGGGGUUAAAAGCUUUGUUCAUUAUCUUAUUUUCAAAAUCUUCCAAUUGGGAUUGUUCGCAGAGGAUGGAUUUUCGGAGACCCCGGCCUUCUGUUUUAGUUAAGGUUUCACUUUCGGAUUUGUUGCUUUUUAGUGUUUGGUUCAGGGGGUAUAUUGUUGCUUGAAUCAGCCUGGAGAUUGCGUUUAUCACUUAGAAAUUGGCUCUGUACCGCGAGUGUUGGAAUAUUUUAAUAGUGAAGAAGAGUCUAUGUAGGUGGGAUGAAGCUUGUUACUGGGAGAUCUU